AAGAAAAACCGACCCCUACAACACACUCACUUUUUCUCUCUAAAAUUCUCUCCGGUGCACAUGGUCGACCUUAAUUACUUUCCGGCGAUAUAGUAACCUAAGAUCCGAUCAAAAUCAAAACCAAUGGAAGCAUCAUCACACCGGUUUUUCUCUCCGGCGAGAUCCGAAUAGGUUUCUCGACCCGGUUUGGAUCCGAAUCGCUACCUCUAUGCGUUAGUUUAAUUAGCUUUUUUUUUUUUUGUGUGUAUCUUAUGUAUUUUUUGUCGCUUCACAAAUAUCAUUUGGAGUUAAAAUAAUAUGUAAAGUUUGAAUCUUGGUGGAAAAAAGAGGUCAAAAAAUGAGAAAAUUGAUGUUUUGAUGGUUUUUCUUUAUUGAUUAUUGAGUGGGUUUGAAUCUUUAGUGGAAAAAAGAGCUCAAAAAAUGAGAAAGUUUGAAUCUUUACUGGAAAUUUGGGUUUCUUAUUGAUUAUUAGUGAGUGGGGUUUCAAUCUUGGUGGAAAAAAGAGGUCAAAAAAAUCAGAAAGUUUGAAUCUUUACUGGAGGUUUGAUUUCUUAUUGAUUGUUGAGUGUGGCUAGUAUUGCAAAGAAAUUUGAAUAGAGGUGCUAGAAUUUUUUCAUCCAUAUGAAGUUCUUUUUUUAGGGUAAUAUUGUAGUUGCUGUUUUAUGGAUGGAUAGUUUACUGAAGUUUGGUUUCUUAUUGAUUACUGAGUGGUAGUAGGUGCUAGAGUUUUGGAAGUCUUUUUUAGGGUAAUAUUGUAAAAUUGCUGUUUUUUGGAUGGAUAGUUAAUAAAGAAGUUGGAGUUAUCUGUUCCAAGAUGGGUUCUUGGUUUUGGGUGACAAAGAAAUUGAUGUUUUGAUGGAAAAGGGGUUUUUUCACAAAUAAUUUUGUGGCUUUUGUGAAGUGUUACUGCAAAUAACUUAAGGUGUGGUGUAUUAGAACAUGGCUUCUGAAACUAAGAAGUCAAAGAAAGCGCUCGUUUGUUGCGAUAAGGUUAAUAACAAGUCGACUCAUGACUAUCUGUUUGGCGAGGAAGACGAGGAGGGGAGGAGAAUUAGGUUAGAAGAAGAAGAAGAAGUUGAUGAUGGUAAUUGCAAAUUUGGAUCAAGUGAUUCACUUCUUCCAGGACUACAUGAUGAUGUUGCUUUAACAUGUCUUGCUAGGGCUUCUAGAUCAGAUUACGCGUCGUUAUCGUGCCUGAAUGCCAGGUUUAAUUCACUAGUCAAGAGUGGUGAUUUAUAUGGUUUGAGGAGGCGGUUAGGUGUUGUUGAACACUGGGUGUAUAUGGUUUGUGAUCCUCGGGGUUGGGAGGCUUUUGAUCCUUUCAGAAAUAAAUGGUUCAGAUUGCCGAAGAUUCCGUGUGAUGAUUGUUUUAAUUAUGCAGAUAAGGAGUCAUUAGCAGUUGGAAGUGAACUACUGGUUUUUGGCCGUGAGUUGUUUGAUUUUGCUAUAUGGAAAUACAGUUUGGUUCAAAACAAUUGGACGAAAUGUGAAGGAAUGUAUCAUCGUCGUUGUCUAUUUGGAUCAGGUAGUCUUGGUUCAAUUUCUAUCCUUGCAGGGGGUAGUGACAAGAAUGGAAAUGUACUAAAAUCUGCUGAGCUUUAUGAUUCUUUAACAGGUAGAUGGGAGAUACUGCCUAACAUGAACUCUCCCCGUAGAUUGUGCUCUGGCUUUUUCAUGGAUGGAAAAUUUUAUGUGAUCGGUGGGAUGACUAACCCUACCGAUUCUUUGACUUGUGGGGAAGAGUUUGAUUUACAAACGAGGAAGUGGAGGAAAAUUGAGGGCAUGUAUCCAAAUGUCAAUAGAGCUGCUCAGGCACCUCCUCUUGUUGCAGUUGUUAAUAACCAACUAUAUGCUGUUGAAUAUCUAACCAACAUGAUAAAAAAGUAUGACAAGAAGAAAAACUCGUGGGAGGUACUGGGAAGACUUCCCGUGAGGGCUGAUUCUUCAAAUGGAUGGGGUCUUGCUUUCAAAGCACGUGGUGAAGAACUUCUGGUGGUAGGCGGGAACCGGGGUCCGGAAGGUGAAGCUAUUAUAUUGAGUUCUUGGGCACCAAAAUCCGGGGCCAGGGACGGUACCUUGGAUUGGAAAGUCAUCGGUCUGAAAGAGCAUUCUGGGGUCUUUGUAUACAAUUGUGCUGUGAUGGGUUGUUAAGAAGUUCCAUCCAACGAAAAUGGAGAAAGAAGCCAUUGUUUUCGACUGUUGUUUUUUUAGCUUAAUUCCAAUACAUUGUUUGAUUUAUUAGAAUUUGUUUUUUUUGUUUAACAUCUUUCAGGUGUUUGAGAUAAGCAAUUGUUCUAGCUAAAACAUCCUCUAACUGGAUGGUUAUUUUCUCUCACUCAUUCUGCAGACUGCUUGCUUCCAAGUUUUAGCUUUCUCCUUGUUCACUGA